UGCCAGCCUGGAAAAAUUGAACCGCUUUUCCUUGAUUGGAUGGAUUGUUAUUUCCUUGGCUUUGAACUCAAAUAAGAAAAGGGCUUGGUUUUGGUUUCACUGUGGUAAUCAAAUUGGACCAGGCAUUGUUUCUUGGAAGAAAAGUUAUGAUUUUAUAUUCGUCUGGGAUAGAUUCGUCUGGGAUUGCUGGUUUGCUUUAACAAGAAUUUGUUACAUUAGCAAGUCGUUUUUAUCCGUGUUACACAAUAUUGAUUCAGCAACCAUGCUUGGUAUUUUAUCUUCUUAAAAUAGUGCUCACAGCCCAUUUCUUGCAGAGGCUGUGUCGACAGAGGACUUUUCUUAUAGACUAUUAGUGACUAGAUUGUUGAAAUCAAUCCAGUCCUAUAUACAUUUCCCCACAAAUGUGUGCAGUAACAUCUACAUUAACAUCUACAGGAAACCUGGUCCGGGGCAAGCUAACUGUCAGGCUAAGCUGAGCUUCUCUAACACUGACCAAUAGGAACGCAAUGAUAUUACAGCUGACUCUCUCACAUACAAUUAUUUGACUUUAUUAACCACUAUCAGUCCUAUAUAUAUAUAUAUAUAUGUAUGUGUGUGUGUGUGUGUGUGUGUCCUACAGAUUUUGUUUUCUUACUGGCUAAAUGUUUUGUGCCCAAGAUUUAAUUAGAUUGUUUUAAAAUAUAAGAAUACAUUUCUCUCUGGUUUUGUUUGGCAGCUGUAGUACCUUUUAUGGUUUUUAGAAGAGCAGAAAUUAAAAUCACAAAAUUAAAAUAAGUAUGCACAGACUAAAUUUUAAUUGGUAAGAUGAAUCUAAACUCAGUAGUUGGCCUACAGUAUAUUGAUUAACCCCAUUACAAUAGUCCAUUUACAGUUACUAUCAUGAAAAUACACUUACUUGUAGGUUUAAAAUUGCACAUUUAAUGUCCAACAUCAAAUAUUUUAGCAAAAUAUAUAUUUUAGUCAGAAUCAUUACUCAUUCACUGUGAAGUUUAGCAGCAAAAUGGAAAUAUUUGCAUGACUUUCUAACAUUUACAGAUUGAGAAUAAACUUGUGAAAAGUAAGUUAUGCACUGAGGAAAACACAAUGUCUCAAACGCAUAAAAUAGUAUGCUGUUUCCUAUGGUGGAUCGAUUUGAUCCAUGAUCGACCUCUAGAGCUGCUUAAAGGGACAGUUCACCCAAAAAUGAAAAUUCUAUCAUCAUUUACUCACCCUCAAGUUGUUCAAAAUCUGUAUAAUCUUACAUUGGCUUACAAUGGCUGCAGCGUGCGUGUGUCCGUUAAGUCCACGAGACCGUAGGGUGUCCCAUUUGUCAAUUUUAGGCUUCAGAAGGGUGCUCGCGAGCGCCCCCUUUGCGGCCGAUUUGCGCCCUCGAUGCGCACUUUUGCUGAGCCCGCACUGGUGCGAGUUCAGCGGAAGACUUCUUCCCGACAGUCAAAGCGACAUUACGUCACGAAAGUGCGGACUCAUGGGAAGGCCGUGAGUGUUUAGGGUGCCAUUUGGGACAGGGCCUUUGUUCUGUUGAACACAAAGGAAGAUAUUUUGAAGAAUGUGUUAAACUGAACAGUUUUGGGGCAACAUUGACUUCCAUAGUAGUUUUUUUUUUCCUACUAUGGAAGUCAAUGGUGCCCCAAAGUGGCCUGGUUACAAACUUUCUUCAAAAUAUCUUCCUUUGUGUUCAGCAGAACAAAGAAAUUUAUACAGAUUUGGAACAACUUGAGGGGGAGUAAAUGAUGAUAGAAUUUUCAUUUUUUGGUGAACUAUCCCUUUAAGAAAAGCGUGCACGCGCAAUUAUCUUGACUAGGUAAACUUGGAUCAAAUUAGCGGGACUGCGUGAACUUUAGCCCCAACUCAUUUAUUAGGUUCAUUUCAAGUCAGGUUUUUGAGUUUAAUCCUCGCUUUUCUUAGCGUCUUUUAUGAAACAGCCCAAUAUUUUCCCCAUAAUCCAUGUUUAAAAGCGGUACUAAACCCUUUUUAAAAUUAUCAGUGUUAAGCUACCUUUAUUCUGAGUUUAAGAAAACACCUAAGAUCUCUAAUAAAACAAAUAAAUGUAAACUUUCGAAUUCUAACGGUAGUUUCUUUUAUUGCCAGUUAAGUUAGGUGAAUACCCAUUCAUGUGGUAAUUUUAUGAAAUUUGAGCAAUGACACAUGGACUACGUCUGAAACAAGCGCUGACGAGUUCUGGGCGUGAGCUACAGGUAAGAGAGCAGAUUGCAACAUCACUCUUCCGCAGAACAGUAGCCGACAGAGUAAUGUGGAGCAUGUUUUUCUCUGGAGUAUAUAGCUAAAGUAAAUUCGGAUAUUGUCGGACAGUAAUUUCUGUUGGUAGACGUCUGGAUACCUCUUAAACUAGUAAGUAAAUUAUUUUUAAAUACCAUGGAUAUCCAAAUCGUUUUUUUCCCACGGACUGUGUUAUUGUAAUACUCUGCAGUACCAUUUAAGUACUAUGGUACAACUGAGAGAGUUUUUUUUAAAGCUAUAUAUAUAUAUAUAUAGUUUUUUAAUUUUUAAAAGUUACAAAAAUACUGUAGUAGUAGUAGUAGGUUACCAUACACAUAUCUGUCCAUGUUAAUUUUGUUUACAUGUGUUUUUUUUAUUUUAUUAUUAUUAUUUGAUUUUGACAGUCUUUGCAUAAACGUCUUCUAGAAAUCAUGUAAACUUUUGUAAACCCAUUAGAUAUUUUCCAUUGUUCUGGUUUUGUUAGUUCACCAGUGCUUAUCACCUAGAGUUUCUCAGUUAACUUCCCUAUUACACUAAUCCUUCCUUUUUCAGUUAACAGCUGACAGCAGAUAUUAACAAACUACACACACACUUUACAUAUGGUUUCCUUUUCUGCUCUGUCUUUAAAGGGAUGAUGCGGCAGUAUCUUUGCAAGUGACAUCCAAACCAUGACGCCGCCACCACCACCACCACCACCUCCCCCUCCUCCUCCUCCUCCUCCUCCUCCACCCCCUGCCCUCUUCUCAAGUGGAGGCCCGUUUUCCAGAGGGCCCACACGGGCCUCUAAAAUGCGUAAUUUUAAUUGGGAGAUCAUACCAAAGGACACUGUGCAAGGCAAACGUAACAUAUGGACGGCUGAGAAGAACAGGGAGUUUGAGUUGGACACCAAACGUAUGGAGGAGCUGUUCAGCCGCGAUGACCAGAAGCAGGUCCAGGCCACAACCCGCCGCAGUGUACGCCAAUCCCCAAGCAAUGCCCCAGGACCUGAAAUGGUGUCCAUUCUUAACUCCAAGAAGAACAUGAACAUUGGUAUCUUCCUCAAGCAGUUCAGAAGGUCAGUGAGUGAAAUGAUUGACGACAUUAUCAAUGGCAGAGGAGAAAAAUUUGGUACUGGGAAAUUGAAAGAGUUGUGCAAACUACUGCCAGAGGAUGGAGAGGUGCGUCAGCUUCUUGAUUUUAAAGGAGACUACGCAACUCUCUCUGAACCAGAUAGGUUCAUGGCACAACUUGUCAAAGUUCCUUGCUAUGAGGAACGGUUGAACGGUUUAGUACUCAAAGAAGAAUUCUCCCAUUUUGUGGAUGAGGUGAAUCACUCUAUUGCAGUCAUGACCGCUGCUGGACAAGAGCUGUUGGAAUGUGCUGAUCUACAUUCAGUCAUUCGACUGGUCUUGAAGACAGGGAACUACAUGAACUCUGGAGGGUACGCUGGCAGCGCGGUGGGAUUCCGGAUAACGUCUCUUCUCAAACUAGCGGAUACCAAAGCCAACAAGCCUGGAAUGAACCUCAUGCACUAUGUUGUGAUGCAAGCCCAGAAGAUAGAUGCGUCGCUGCUGAAGUUCACAGAGCAACUACAGCACAUCGGAGAUGCAGCAAGGAUUCAUAAACAGGAAAUUGAGUCUGAUUUCCAAAAGGAAGCGAGUAAAGUCCAGGUGUCAAAGCAGAAUGCUAGUAAACAGCCAGAUCUGGAAGAACAGAUGAGGGAUUUUCUGCUGAAUGCAGAAACCAGGGUAAAGGAGACCGAGGAGGCCUUCAAGACCCUUUCUGCUGUGAGUGAUUCGGUGGCAGAGUAUUUCUGUGAGGACCCCACUCAGUUCAAACUAGAGGAUUGUUGCUCCAUUUUCUACUCUUUCUGUGAGAAGUUCAAACGAGCAGUUCAGGAGAACCUUGAACGAGACGUGGUGGAAGUGAGGCGCAGGCAGCGAGAGCGUACUCAAAUUGCUGCCAAGCGACGCUCCACCGCCACCUGCUCCUCACGAGAUAAAGACAUCGAAGGAGUUGCUCUGGAGUCCAUCCUACAGAGGUUUAACACUCGGCAAUCCCGCCGUAGAGCUGGGAGAGGUUCACCCACGCUGGGGAAUCUAACUGAGACCAUCUUGAAGGAGAACAACCACCCCAAUGACAACAAAGAGGUUAAGAGGGACAGAUGGAUCAAAAGUGUCACGCAAUCCUCCUUGAUCAAGGAGAGCUUUGAUAAGGAAGAGACGCCCAAUCACCCAGAGAUUACAAUCUCAAGCCCGAUGCAAGAAAAUACAGAUUCCCCAAUGAAUCAACGUGUCUCCGUAUCCACGGAGCAAGAGGAGGAAGAUGUCCAGACCGAGAAAGAGGUGCAGAAUAUGAGAGAGGUGUCACGGAAGGUUUUACAAUACCAGUCCAGUCGAAGCAGCGUUUCAUCCGGCGAGGCCCUGUCACCGAUCCUGUCUCCCAGGCAGACGUUCUUCCACGAAGACAGAAGACAGCUGCUGAUCAUGGCCAUAGAAGAAAACUCUUCUAAACCCAGCCUUCUGCUGCAGAACAGCCAGAUCAUCAAUCGCCGGCACACGAUCGCACUUCCUGAGGCCAACUGUGGAAAUACCAGCCAAGAGGACAUAUUUGUGCCCUGUAAUGUAAAUGCAUCUCCGGCUCCCUCUAUAGGUGUUAUUGGAAAAGGGAAAUCUGUGGAUUGUAAUAUGCUCACCAUACAACAAAACUCUACAAAGACUGUUAAAGAUUCAGAAGCGAAGCCUCUUAAUUCUCAAGAGGAAUCACAAUCAGUUGACUUAUCGCAGUCACAAUCAGCCGAGCCAGAAGCAAAGACUGAAGACUUGGUACCUAGUUUGCAAGUGGGUACUGGCAAGAGAAACAGCCUAACAACAUCAUUUAAAAGCGCUAAAGAGGGCUUCAGCUUUAUGUCUUUAUUUAAGCGCUGGCGUGAAAAAGACAAAUCAAAAGAGCUUGAUUCUGACAGUGUGGACCCCUGAUUUAAAAAAACAACAACAAAAAAACAUUGCUCUCUAUUUAUUCAGACAUUCACGCUGAGUGACAUGCUGCACUUAUGGAAAACUAGCUUGGUGCUCAUUGUCAUUGUUUGCUUGUUAAAUGGACAUUUAUUUUCACGGUUUCUAUAAAUAACGCACAUGCAAUUACACCAAAAAUGAAUUGAAUUAAAUAUAGUGUUAAGAUCAGUGGAAAAUGACACAUUUUACCUGCAAUGCUCUUUAUGCAACACAAGGGGGCAGUACAUGGCAUUACAUUCCCAGGGCGAGACAGUUUCUGUAUCUGCAUAAAUUAACCAUGCACAAUUAUGCAUGACUGUGAUUAUGAGUAAUUAAUCUGUUAGUUUAGAUUAUAUACUGACCAAUCAAAAUACAAGUUGGUAAAUGUGGUUGUAAUGCACCACAUAAAAUCACAAAUUCUUGUCUGAUGAAUAAUUUAAUGUUUAAUAAUAGUUAUUAUAUUUACCCUACACUGUAAAAAGUAAUAUGCUAUAUCUACUCCAUAAAAUUUUGGCAACAGAUUACAAGCAAUAUUAUAAAUUUAAAUUCAACAAAUAGAACUGAGUCAGAAUUAAUCAAAUUAAUUCCUUAAUGUCAACCAUUUAAAACAAGUAAAAUUUAAGUAAAAUUUAAACAAAAAUAUCUGAAUAACAGACAGACGUCAAAGAUGAAUUAAGAACUGAAGGAACGAGAAACACAAGAAUUAACAGAGGUUUAGAUGUUGAUUGAAAAUGUUUGUCACCAUUAUGGAGAUCAGUGUUUCAUUUAGUUGGGCAGAUUGACUCUUUGCUUUUUAUGUCAGUUUGUGGUUUUUGUAAUGUUUUUUGCUAAUUUUACACAUUUUAAAUGGUUUACUUUUAAGGAAUUAAUUUGAUUAAUUCUAACUCAAUUCUUAUAAGUUGAAUUCGAUUAAUAAUAUUGCGUGUAAUCUGUUGCCACAAUUUUAUUAAGUUUUACAGUGUAGCUUGUACCACAUCAUGUUUCUAAUGGCCUCUGAAUGGUCUUUGUAGGCUUCCUAUGACAGACCAAUCUACGGAUCAAAGCACUCACUCACAUGAUGAAAAUGGGGAAUAGAGAGUUCAUGUAAUUUGUGGUUUUCACUGCUCAAGAAAUGAAAAAAGGCCUUUUAUUUGAGUCGUUCCAAAGCACAAGCUGAUAAAACCUCUGCGUUUUAUUCUCAAUUUGAGAUUUCAUGAAAAUUUUGAGACCGUGUUCCAGUUAGGAGUUGCUCACACACUAAGAUGCCUAAGUGCAUUUUUAUAUUAUGUUACUUGUCCUGUUUUUAGGCAAAAUUUAUUUAUCGUUUUUUUGUGUUAUAGUUAUGCUUGACCUCAACAACAUCGCCUGUGCUACUUGAUGCAAUUAUACAUGGUAUUUCAUGUUUUUUUGUCUGCUGAGCUUCUGGAAUAAUGAGGGAACAAUGAGAAGCUAAAUGGGCUUAUCCUUGAUAAAGACAUUGAAGGCUUAGUCAGGGAGAAUAGAUAACGUCAUAGGCUCCCGAUAGGUCUGCUUUAGGUGGUCUAAGUGCUUUCUAGACAGCCUGAGACCCUGUCGGGGUGGAGAUUUGGGGGAGGGGGCAGUUUGGGUGAUUGUGUGAGUGAAUUAUCAUCAUCAGUCUCAAAGAACUGAGAAUAAAGGGUCAAGCUGAUUGAAUGUCACAACAUGCUAUGGUUAUAGUGCAGUUGAUCCUGAAAAUGGCUUACCAGAAUGUGUUGGACUGAUUUUAGUCUCUUAAAAAAAGCCUAGAGUAAUAUGUUUGAUUUCAUGCUGUUACAGUGCAUGUCUAAAUGCUGUUUAUUUCAGACACUUACCAUGAAUUGUUUAGAGAUGUAUUAUUACAUUGUAAUAAACAGUUUGUAAAUUUAAUAACAAA